CUUUUCCAGUUGCUGCUGUAGUAUUAUUCUAUACAGCCCAAAGCCCACAUAAUAUACCUCUGACCGAAGUCGUUGGGCCAGUAUGGCUAAUGUUGCUACUUGGAACUGUGCAUUGUCAGAUUGUUUCAACACGAACUCCUAAGCCAGCUCCCAGCACAGGGGGUAAAAGAAGAAGGAAAUUAAGGAAAGCAGCACAUUUGGAAGUACAUAGGGAAGGAGAUGGCUCUAGUACCACAGAUAACACACAGGAAGGAACAGUGCAGAGCUACGGUACAAGCACCUCUUGCAGUAUUGGCGCUGUCUUCAGAGAUAUCUGGCAUGCUGCUUUCUUUUUAUCAGGAUCUAAGAAAGCAAAAAACUCAAUAGAUAAAUCCACUGAGACUGACAAUGGCUACGUGUCCCUUGAUGGGAAAAAGACAGGUAAAAGCACUGAGGAAUGUGUGCAGGCUCAUGAUCGUCGGUGUGAAGUGAUUAAGCCAGAAGAGUCAGGGUGGAACACUGCAGCAGUGAGAGAUGCCUUCAACAACCACAGUCAUCACAAAGAUACUCACAGGACUGUGACAAAUUUAUCAGAUGAAGUUUCUAGUGAGGAAGGACCUGAAACUGGAUAUUCUUUGCGUCGUAAUGUAGAACGUGCUUCUAGUGAAGGUACGCUCCGAAACAGGAAAUCUCACCACUAUAAGAAACACUAUCCUCUGGAGGAUAUACCUAAAUCAGGUACUAGCUGCAGUUCUCGGUGUUCAAGCUCCAGACAAGAUUCUGAGAGUGCGAGGCCAGAAUCGGAAACGGAGGAUGUGCUGGAGGACCUCUUACACUGUGCAGAGUGUCACUCCUCCUGUUCCAGUGAGACGGACGUGGAAAGCCCUCAGGUGAAUCCAUGUGUGAAGAAAGAAUACAGAGACGACCCAUUUCAUCAGAGUCAUUUGCCUUGGAUCCACAGUUUGAAUCCGGGACUAGAAAAAAUCAGUGCCAUUGUGUGGGAAGGCAAUGAUUGCAAGAAAGCAGAUAUGUCUGUGCUUGAAAUCAGUGGUAUGAUAAUGAACAGAGUGAACAGCUAUAUACCAGGAAUUGGUUAUCAGAUUUUUGGAAAUGUCAUCUCUUUAAUCUUGGGUUUAAUGCCAUUUGUCUUUCGACUUUCCCAAGCUAAAGAUCUGGAACAGCUAGCUGCACAUUCUGCCACUGAACUGUGUGUGACUGCGUUCGGAUCAAAUGGAGACAUUCUGGUUCUCUCAAUGGUUAUUAUAAGUUUUGUGGUCCGUGUCUCUCUAGUGUGGAUUUUCUUUUUUCUGCUCUGUGUAGCAGAGAGGACAUAUAAACAGAGGCUACUUUUUGCCAAACUUUUUGGUCAUUUAACAUCUGCCAGAAGAGCAAGAAAAUCGGAGGUUCCUCACUUCCGCUUGAAGAAAGUACAGAAUAUAAAAAUGUGGCUUUCUCUCAGGUCCUAUCUAAAGCGCCGAGGUCCUCAGCGCUCGGUCGACGUAAUAGUGUCAUCUGCAUUCCUGCUGACUAUCUCAGUCGUGUUUAUCUGCUGUGCACAGCUGCUUCACAUGCAUGAGAUCUUCCUUGAUUGUCACUACAAUUGGGAGCUUGUAAUUUGGUGCAUUUCACUAACUCUUUUUCUCUUAAGAUUUGUUACUCUUGGAUCUGAAACCAGUAAAAAGUACAGCAAUACCUCAAUAUUACUUACUGAGCAGAUAAACUUGUACUUGAAAAUGGAGAAGAAGCCUAAUAAGAAGGAAGAACUGACACUAGUAAACAAUGUUUUAAAACUUGCUACUAAGUUAUUAAAGGAACUGGACAGUCCCUUUAGAUUAUAUGGGCUUACCAUGAAUCCACUGCUUUAUAAUAUCACCCAGGUAGUCAUCCUGUCAGCCGUUUCUGGUGUCAUCAGCGACCUGCUUGGAUUUAACCUAAAGCUCUGGAAGAUCAAAUCUUGACUAUAUAUAAAGAAGAUAACACAGUGUUAUAGAAAAGCUCAUUGAUGGAAAAAACUGCCUCAAAGCAGCCACUGAAUCUGUAUUUCAGAUGCUACAACCUCUUCAAGGAUGUUGUUUGGAAAAUUGAAGUGUUUACAUCUGACUGUCUUGUGCAAUCUUUGUAUUUAUUUCAUCUUCUCACUGUUUUAUGUUCAUUUUAGUUGACAUUUAUAUUUUAUUGUCAAACUUAUUUGUUUAGUAUUGGAAAAGGUCAGGUUUGGGAAGAGUCAAAAAACUGUCUGAGAACUUGAAAUCCUGGAAAAUGGAUUACACUAAAUUACUGUAUCUGUUGUUAAAGCUGAAGCAAAUGCUGAACAUUUUAGUUACAGUAAGGCUGUAUGGAAGUAAUUUGAUUUUUGAUAGGGCGAUAAAAUUGCUUAGAAUAUUUUAUUUGCACCAGUCAUUUAUGAGGAUAGUAUAACUUCAGCAGAUGUUUGGUUACAAUAGAAAAGUGAGACAUACAAAAAAAAAAAAGUACUGACAAUACGGUAUGACAGGUAGCAGAAAUAUUUUAUAUUACUGUUAGAAGCAAGUGAGAAUUUUGCAUAUGUUGAGUAAUUCCAGGAUCUAAACUCAUGUAGGCUGUAGUUUAAAUAUCCUGGGAUAUUAAUGCGGUAUUAUAUAACAAGUCAACAAGUGCUCUUUGAUAACACUUUUAUUGGAGCAAUAAUUGUGAAUGGUUACCAUGCUGUAUGAUAUUUUGAUAAAUGAAAUAUUGUAUUUAUUUGAAAUACUGGGCUGUUCAGCGCAGCUCUGACUGUGCAUGCUCAAUAUGUGCACUUUUAAUUGUUACUUUUAAUGAGAAACUUUAUAUAUACAUAUAAAUGUACAUUAAUUGGAAUAUAUUAUGGUGAACUAUGGAGCAGUAUAUAUUAUAUGUUGAAGUUGAAUAUUUAAACAAGCAAAUGAUUUACUGGUGAAAGGAAUGUUAUGACUGAGCAUAAGAUAGAUGGAUGCUCUCCUCUUGUACACUAUAGUAUAUGCCAUUCAUACCACAUUGAAGUUUAAGAACACUUGAACACAGAAACCAAGUUCCUCUGGUGAGCACCAGAGCUCAUGAAGCCUGAUAUUCAGCAGGUUUGUCUUCAAGUAACCUGUGUUCCUCCCAGUCCUCCCCAGCAGGGGCCACGCCCCAGCCCUUCCUUGGCUGCCAUUUCCCAGCCUUGGGUUCCCCACCUCUUCCUCUGCCUCCUGCCUCUGCUGCCCAUGGACCAGUUGUACUGACUCGGGGUUUGUCAGUGUGACAAAAACAAAUGUUCACCCAUCAGAAUUAAGUUACUUGGAAAAAAGUUUUGAUCUACAAAUUAUUUGAGGAGGAUUAACAUCACCAGGCGCAAGUAUUCUUACAUUUUAUGUUUCUAAAAUAGUGGCUUCAUAUUGAAAAAUGACAAGUAAUUAGGUGGCAAGAGUCUGGACAUUGCACUAUAUUUGCUAAUCUUCAGAAUCUUGAAAGAUUUGAAGUAAUAUAUCUUAAACUUAUGUGGUAUAAAAAUAUUUUUAUAUAUAAAGCAACAAAAACAAGCAUUUUGUAUUUUAUUUGCCUCUGUACUAGUGUUUAAUAAUGACCAAAGUGCAUUCUGGUUUUUGAAAGAAUGUAUUACUGGAGCUUUAAGAACAUACUAUAUUUAGUUUCUCAUAUGAAAACUUCAGCUGCAUCUGAUCUGUUUCUUCUCUCUGUUGUGUGACGUUGGGAUUGUUUUUAAAAAUUAUGUACAUUUUAUACACAGUUUUUUCCAAAUUAUGGUACAGACCUACACAGAACUUAAUUUUGCACAAAAUAUAUUUUAAGAAAAAAAAGUACAGCAGGAGUUCUAUGGGUGAUAAAAGGUAAGGCUAUUGCUUUUUACAGCCUGUCACUAUUACAAAGCCAUUCUUUACUCUAGAAUGGAAUUAUUUUAAGAAAUGUAAAGUGGUGAAUAUAGGGCUUUCAUUACCUUUAAAAAAAAUAUAGAGGGAGAGAAAACAUUGUGACUUGGGUUGAAGGUGAAAUUAGUUUAACCAUGUAUACCUCAGCAACUAGCACUGUGCUGGAUUGUUGCACUAACAAAUGGCGGCUUGGGGAGAGUAAAAGAUUUGUGAAAUUAAAAAAAAAAAAAUAAAAAACUUUGUUUGCUAC